CAUGGAAAUGGGCACCCUCUUGCGUUGACAGGGCUUCCACAAGAGGAAGAACAGCGAUAACCUCAGGCAAAUCGAAACCCUAGAAAGAGUCUUCUAAUUUCUUCCGAACCCCGAAAUGCCCCCAUUCCCGAGAUCUCCUCCUUUCUCCCUUGUCCGGCGUUCUUUCGCCUCCCGAUCCUUCGUUCUCGGCUCUGGGCUUCAACGCCGCUCCGGCUCACGCUUCCUUCCCCGCACGCCUCCGUUCCCUCCCCCCACGGAUCGAUUCCGGUCCCCUCCAAUCCCUCCCGGCUUCUUCUUCCACGUCGGCGGCCAGUUCCGGUGCGUCUCCGGCGGCGGCGGCGCAGCCGCCAGAGCCGCCCGGGAGCGGAGCUCGCGGAACAUACUCAUGUACCUCCUCGCCGUGGUCGCCGCCAUGGUGGGCGCCUCCUACGCUGCCGUCCCGCUCUACCGCCGUUUCUGCCAGGCCACUGGUUACGGCGGCACCGUUCAGCGCCGAGAGAGUGUGGAGGAGAAAAUCGCCCGGCACGCUCGCGAAGGGACCACCGCUUCAAGGGAGAUUGUUGUUCAAUUCAAUGCAGAUGUUGCUGAUGGGAUGCCAUGGAAAUUCACUCCUACACAAAGAGAGGUAAGGGUUAAACCAGGUGAAAGUGCACUUGCAUUUUACACUGCAGAAAAUCGCAGCUCAACUCCAAUAACUGGUGUUUCUACAUAUAAUGUGACACCGAUGAAGGCUGCUGUUUACUUCAAUAAAAUACAGUGUUUCUGCUUUGAGGAGCAGCGACUUCUUCCAGGCGAGCAGAUUGACAUGCCGGUAUUUUUUUAUAUCGAUCCCGAAUUUGAGACAGAUCCAAAGAUGGUUGGUGUAAACAACCUAAUCCUGUCAUACACCUUUUUCAAAGUUAAUGAGGACCACUCAUAGCGGCACAGGCUUUGAUUAUAACCAGCAUUUGGCGUUGCGCUCCCAAUUUGGUGAAUGUAUUUCAGUAAAAUUUUACACAAUUAUUGUGUCAUUUGUUACGGAUUUUUAGUUAUUUAGUUUUAUAAUCAUUUGUAUUUCCUAUUCAUCAGACAGGUUUUACAGUGCUUUUUUAGGUCUAGGAAAGAGAUUUGGAGGGAUAUUGGCAAUGUUUGGUAGAAUGGUCCAAAUAAUGAAAACACUGCCAAAUUAUUAUAGCUUGACAAAAAAUUUGUACUGGUUGUCGGAGUAAUCAAAUUUUAGUGAGAUAUAAUGCUAGAAAAGCUAAUAUCAUGCUGUUGUUUGUCUUGGA